AAUAUUGUUCACUUUUGACAUAACAUUUGGUUGAUAAAGUUAAUAUUUGACGAAUGACAUACUAAAAAUAGUCAAUUUUAUAGUAUUUAAGAAAUCUACCAUUCUCGCAUCUAUUUGAGACUUUAAUACCAAAUGACCUUUGGGUCUGUUUGUACACAGCGGUGCGUAGUGCACUGUGGGACAGCAAUGGUGGGCGCGUGAUUUUGAACAAAUUGGAGCUAUCAAGGAAACACCCAGGUAUGUGUUAGGAAGCAGAUUAAAUUAACCGCGAGACAGUUUGAAUGAAAUUUAAAUUCGUGAAGUAUGUGUUAAUAACUUUUUCGAAUGUUCUAUCGUGAUUAAAAUAAGCUUCGUGGCACGCCCCCACCCAGCACUGAACAUAAUCAUGUCUGUAAAUAAAGGACAGAAUGCUAGAGCUUUGGUUGAACCACUAGCUCUUGACUCACGUACACUUGGGGAUGGAGAUUUAAGUGCAUUGACUCUAUCACACAGUAAUGAACAAUAUUCGUCUAAUGACUUCGAAGCAUUCGCGAGUAUCCAAGCUGAAUUGGAGUGUAUGAAUGCUGAAGAAGUUAUGACAACAGAUGAGGAACACAUAAUAAUUGAACGUAAUAUCGAGACUGAAACAAUCGUACCUGAUGUGGAAAUGGCUGACAUUUCGGAACAAGCUCAAGAGGAACACAUUAUCUAUACAACAGCUAAUCAGAAUAAUCAAAAUAUUGUAUUCCAAACAAAACCAACACUACAAAGGCUUCCGACAUCUACAGUACAGGUAAAAUCAAAUGUUGGUUCAGCAACACAAAGUCAAUCUAUUAUGAUAGUUUCUCCAGCUGGUGGUCAAGGUGCUAGCCAGAUAUUAAAAAUUUCACAUCCGUCAACAGCAUCGGCUGGUCAAUUGCAAUCAUUAGCACAGACUCUCAUAGCAAAGUCUGCUGAUGGCAACAUAGUUCAGUUAAGAUCAGCACAACCCAGUAAGCAAGUAAUGGCAACUAGCCAUUCGGGAAGCAUCACAUUAGGGAAUGUACAAAAUGCGAAAACAGUUCAAACAGCUGUAAAACGAACCGCAUCGAGUACUCCGCAAAGUCGAAAUGUUUAUACAAAAAUGAUAUUAGCUGGAAAUCAAACACAAUCGGGACAGCAGGUUCUUAUAACUAGCUCACAAAGUGAAAAUCAACAGGCGCAGGCGAUAAAAUUUUUAAAUAAUAGUGUUUCAAGUCAAGAUGUUACGAGCCCGACAAAAACUAUAACACUGGCACAAGCACAGCAAAUGGGAUUACUCUCCACUAAUAAAGUCCAACAUAUUUUACCCUCAGCACCACAAAAACAAGGAAUAAUUGUAAAUAAAUUAGUGCAAUCAUCGAGUACUCAGCCCUCUAAAAUGACUAUAGUUCCAAGCAGUACAAUCAAAUCUCCCACAAAAAUAUUACCUGCUCCUACAUUGAGCUCGCAAGUGAAAACAUCAACUAUUUCGAAUCAGCAAUCCUCGUUUUCUUCUACUAAUAAAUCAUCGGUGCAACAGAGUCCACAGAAAGUUAUAAUACGACAGAGCUCUUUGAAACCUGGAACUGUGCUUGGCAGUGGACAAGUCAUUAGAAUACCGGCUAAUCAAAAUAUUGUAACGGGAUCUAAUCAAGUACAUCAAAUACAAAUGCCUGGAAGACAAGUUCAAUAUGUAAGAUUAGUUAGUACUCCAUCAUCAGGGACUACGAAUGUCGUUACCGUGGGCAAAACGAAGUCGCAAACGACUUUGCAAACCGUUGGUGUCAGUCAGAAAAUAGGAGGCCAACAGCAAAUCGUUAAGGUAGUUCCAUUAAAUACUAGUAAUCAAUCAUUGCGGACAGUCGCACCUAAGGCUACGUUAACAAGUAGUGGCCAGAGGUUAUUAAUUCCCGCAACUGCUACAGUGGGUAGUCAAUCGAAAAAUGCAGUAGCUAUUCCAGCAUCGGCUUUGAGUCAAUUGGCAUCUGGGCAAGCAGUCCUUUCAACCAAUUCAAACAUGGGAAACAUUGUUGUUUUACCAGCUCAAUAUAUUCAGCAACAGACAUCAGACGAAAUAAAAUUGAAACCUCAACAAGCUACAUCUAGUUUAUUGAGUAGUUCACAAAGUUUACAAAGCUCGACAGGAAGCUUAUCCGUGGGGUCUGUUAUAGAAAGUAAAAGCUCUCAAAGAUCCUACACGAACGUCGAACCUAAUGGAAUUAGGCCAAGGAAGCCAUGCAAUUGUACUAAAUCACAAUGUCUUAAAUUAUACUGUGACUGUUUCGCGAAUGGAGAGUUUUGUCAUAUGUGCAACUGCAAUAACUGUUCCAACAAUCUUGGAAACGAAGAAGAGAGGCAACGUGCUAUAAAAUCCUGUUUGGAACGUAAUCCAAACGCUUUUCGUCCAAAAAUUGGCAAAGGCCGCGAGACUGGCGAUGAUAUACGUAGACAUAAUAAGGGUUGUAAUUGUAAACGCAGUGGAUGCUUGAAAAAUUAUUGCGAAUGUUACGAGGCUAAAAUUCCCUGCUCCGCUAAUUGUAAAUGUAUAGGAUGUCGUAACGUGGAGGAACCGAGUUUAGAAAAGAAAUCUCUCAAGGAUCUUGCAGAAGCAGCUGAAGUUAGAACGGCCCAACUCACAUUGAACAAAGCGAAACUGCAGUUGUCUGAAAUGGCUUUUAGACCACCUGCUGCAUCUAACAGUGGUGCGAGACAACCAUUUAACUUUUUGACCGACAAAGUAGUCGAAAUCACGUGUCAAUGCCUGAUGGCCCAAGCCGAUGAAGCGGAACGUAACAUGUUCGAUGAUGAAACAUCUCAAAGACUAAUAAUCGAGGAGUUCGGUCGUUGUCUGAAAGAAAUUAUUGAGUCAGCUCAUAAAGCUGAAGCCACCUAGCAGGUACAUUCUGAGAACAAAUAUAAUGGUAAGAAUUUCCGAUUCACGCGAAUGUAUUCUGAAGCAAGAAAUUUGGACACCUUUGAUUAUCGGUAUCUCUUCAUAAAAUUCACAAAAAAGGAAGCUAAAGUGUUACAUACCAAAGAUAACGGUAAAACU